CUAAGGCAUUUACGGAAACGUCUUGAACGCUUGUUAAAAAAAAAAAAUCUUGUAUUAUUUAGUUUUUACACUUAUUUGAAAUGUCAGAUAAAAAUUCUUCUGCAAUAUGGUAGUUAUUAAAGAUAUAAAAGAAAAUUGGUUUUUAAUUGGUAUUGUUUUAGUUAUUUUAGCUGCAAAACUCUCGCCUAAAAUAGGAGUCAAAGGAGGUGUUUUAGUACCUGAAGUGACAGUCAAGUAUGUUGCAGUGUCUGUUAUAUUUUUCAACAGUGGUUUAUCUCUUAAAACAGAGCAACUGACAGGUGCCCUCUUCCAAGUUCGGGUUCACAUGUUUGUGCAGUUGUUUACAUUUGUUUGUUUUCCUCUGCUGAUGCAGGCUGUGGUUUUCUUACUGCAGCUGGGCACACUUGACACUCUGUUGUUAGAAGGACUGACAAUUCUGAGCUGCAUGCCGCCACCUGUUUCUUCAGCAGUCAUAUUAACCAAAGCAGCUGGAGGCAAUGAGGCUGCUGCUGUGUUUAAUUCAGCUUUUGGUAGUUUUCUGGGUAUUGUAAUUACUCCAACUUUAGUUCUUGCUUCAAUUGGGUCUGCAGCUCACGUCCCUGCCAGUACUAUAUUCUUACAGCUGACCUCCACCGUGGUUCUACCUCUAGUCAUUGGUCAGAUCGUCAGGGCAAUGUACAGGCAGACACUGGAAAGGAAUCAUGUACCUUUUGGAAAUAUUGGAAGUGUCAUCCUCCUGCUUAUCAUAUACACAACAUUCUGUGAUACAUUUGCUCACGAGGACAUCAAAAUAGACCAAGCCAGUCUGAUCUCCACAGUGCUUUUAAUCAUAAUUUUCCAGAUGUUUUUGAUGCUCUUGGUGUUUUAUACUUCUACAUGGUCGAUACUGAAGCUUCAGCCCUCUGACUGUGUGGCACUGUUAUUUUGUUGUACACACAAGUCAUUAACAUUAGGUAUUCCUAUAAUAAAAAUCAUAUUUGGUGGUUAUGAUGGUUUGUCCGUGAUAACGAUUCCCUUACUGGUAUACCAUCCGACCCAGAUUCUACUUGGUGGUCUGUUGGUACCGACAAUCAGGAGCUGGCUAAUCACAGCCGAGAGGUUCAGAUGUAUGUACCCAAGCAAGCACAGAUUCUCACAGUUCACCCAGGUGUAAUCUUGAGAAGACUUGAGAAUGGUUAUAAUCAUCAUGUAUAAUAAUGCUUUAAAGAAAUAUGGCAACUUACAAACAAAACAUGAUUUGGUGAGGACAACAAAAUCCCUAGUACUUUCAAAGAUUAUUCAUGACUAUAAACCAGCUAACAAAAAGGAUUUCAAUCCAAUACUGCCAAUGAUGUUUUUAAAUGACAAUUAUUGUGGAGACCAUUGAAUUAGCAGAAGCAUGGGCUGGAGGGUUUGGUUGAUUCAGAUGACCUCCCCUACCCGACAGAGGCUAAAACAUAAAGAGCGGUGUGUUUUUUACAGUGCAGUAUUAGGCUGUUCAUGUAUCAAGUAGAUGCCCAGAAUAAAAGUGUCCAUUAGGUUCAUAUUCAAACCCUCAUCCCCAGGGCCAGGUUCCACAAAGCGAUCUUAGCACUAAGUGCAUAUGUUAGCUGUUCAGUUACAAUGAUCUUAGGACUAAGAUUGCUUCGUGGAACAUGGCCCAGGUCGAGACAACACGUCGUCUCGUUUAACAGUAAACAAAAAUUAUGCAUACAAAAAAUGUUUUUGUGGUCGGGAAAAUAAAUUCAAGCUAUAGUGAACUCCAUUAUCAGCAUUUCCAAAGUCAAAAACAAUUGUGUAAAUUAUUGUUGAGUUGUUAUUUUACACUUGUUUUAUGUUAAAUAAACACGGUUUUUAUUA